AUUUUGAUUGAAUAUAAUGAAGCGAAGCGAAGCUGAUGGAGAUUAUGAGGGGUCUGAAAGUUCAGCCCCCGCAUCUAAACGUCGGAAUCACUUUACAACGUUGAUCAAUGAGCUUGGUCUCAAGUUGGAACCAAACUUUCGACGCUGGGUGCGGGAGGAGGUAGAGAAGGCGGUCCACUCAUACUUGAGAUGUUCAGUUAACCAAGUGGCGCCGCCAUCUCAGUCAAGGGCUUACCAGCUACACUUUGAUGGUGAAUUGGAGUCCACCAUUUUCACAGCCAGUAAGGUGGAAUGUGCAGAUGGCGAGCCUUUGAGGAUUUUCUUGUAUGAUGUUUAUUCCAAAACCAGAAUAACAUCUGGACCCCUGGCUUCUAUUAAACUCGGUGUCGUUGUGGUUGAUGGUGAAUUCACCCGGGAUGGUCGAGAGGAUUGGACCGAGGUUGAGUUCAGUAAUAACAUUGUGAAUGCAAGAGAAGGAAGAAGGCCAUUACUGGCUGGGGAUUUGGUGAUUCAGUUAAGGAAUGGAGUGGGGAACCUUGGAGACAUAAAUUUCACGGAUAAUUCUAGCUGGAUCAGGAGUAGGAAGUUCCGGUUAGGAGUGAGAGUGGUUAGUAAUUCUGGUGUCAGAGAAGGCGUAAGCAAAGCCUUCACUGUGAAAGAUCAUCGCGGGGAGUUGUACAAGAAGCAUUACCCGCCAUUCUUGAAUGAUGAAGUAUGGCGGCUGGAGAAGAUAGCGAAAGACGGUGCAUCUCAUAGGAAACUUGCUAAGAAUGGGAUAUCUUCAGUGAAAGGCUUACUAAGGAUGUAUGCCACGAGUCCUUCCAUAUUGCGCGAGAUACUUGGUUGUGGAUCAUCGAACAACACCUGGGACAAAAUCAUACAACAUGCCACCACUUGUGUUGUGAACGAUAACGAGUGGCACAUGUACCGGGUUUCAGAAUAUGUUGCUCUUGUGUUUAAUUCCAUCUGGAGUGUCGUGGGAGUAAUCCUCGAUGGCCAAAAUUACCUGCCUGUCGACAAACUUGACAGAUCUCAGAUGCAAAUGGUGGAAUGGUUUAAGCAGCAGGCUUAUAGAAACGAGGACAAUAUCGUCCCACUCGAGGACGACUCCAUCAUUGACAACCAGUCUAUGGUGUUCUUGAAUCAUCAAAAUGGCCUUUUGAACAGCCUUUCUUUAAGCCAAGAGGCUUUCGUUUUCCCAGCUGAGCAAGGUACUGAUCAGCUAGAGAUGCAGAUGAACUCAACCCAUACAUCAUUCUCAAUGCCAAUUCCCAGUAGUGAACUGCAACAUCUCGACCAAUAUGGAGAUCCGAUGCCCGAGACUUCUCAUAGAAUGCAAGUGUUCAAUCCUAACCUUGGAAACAGUCUUGCACUUCAUAAUUUUACUUGUUUGGAAGAUGAUUUGGCUUCUGGGGGUUCUUUGGACCCUCUAGAUAAUCUAACUGCAGGUAAUAAUAGUGACCAUUAUCAGUUUGGUUCAUCAUCUUGGCUAGGAAAUGGAGUGCAUUUCAAUUCAAACCUCGAACCAGUUCAUCCCGACUUCUUCUUCCACGUGCCAAGUAGUACUGGAAAACCAAAAGCGCGGUGGUGCAAGAUCCGCGCUGUGGUUAAGUGGAAGAUGGUGGCUGCUAAAAAGUGGGCUGCAUUGUUUGUGUAGAUUGUAAACUAGUCAGUUGUCAGUGUAAGCAAAGCACCUAGCUAGCUUGUUCAUUACUUCCUGUAACUUAGUGCCACUAAGAGUGUCUGUAAUUAGUAUGUUUUUAGUAUGUUUGGCCCUGACAUGGUUGUGCAUUUUGGGCACAAGUCCUUGCAAAAAGAUGCUGGCUUUGUCUAGUGGCUAGGUAUUAAUAGCAUGUUUGGUUCGCGGAAUAGGCCUGGAAUUGAAUGACAUUCUCAAGAAUAAGCCUAUUCCGUUGUUUGUUAAUCCAUUUUGUUCUCGAGAAUAUUGUACCCGGGAAUGAGUUAUUUCUCCUGCAAGGGGAAUAACUCAUUACCAAACAAUGGAAUAGGCAUGUUCAUAGGAAUGUCAUUCCAUUUUAGGCUUAUUCUGUGAACCAAAUAUGCUGUAAGAGGGUUUGUACUUUAAUGGUUUUGGUAUGUUUUGCCCUGACAUAGUCGUGCAUUUAGGGCACAAGUCCUUGCAAAA